AUUCUUCUGAAAAUAAAGAACACGAUGUCAGAUCGCGCAGCAACUGAGGCUUUGUUUAACGACAUGUUACAAACGUACAGGAAGGAAUGCUUGCCCCUCUACACUAAGGGAUGGGACAAGUUCAGCACAGCAGCAAAAGAAAAGCUGCUUCACAUGAACAAUUUUUUUUGCGGACUCCACUUACUGGUUAGUAUGGCAGAGACAAUUUCUGCUUCGCUGAAGGAAUUCGAGGAUCAGUUUUUUGACGGAAAGCACCCAGGUGCCCCUAAUGUGCCUGGAGUUGGUGGUUUUAUAAACCAUUCGGAAAGCAGAACAGUAAGACUUAUCCGUACAUGCACAAAAGCUCUGGCAAAAGGUGGCGAUGAAAAGUCUGGGGUGCAUCGUCAUUGGAAAACUUUCAAAAGACGAGAAAAUAUAACAAAACGCUACCUCCAAGUAUUCAGGGGCAAUCGAUUUAACAUCGUAUUUCUACUUGGAGGUUGUGUUCAUUUCCUACACGAAAAGGUAUUUUACUUUCUUGAUAAAGUACAGGGCACUACAAACAGGCUUUUAAUGGCAGUGCAUGCUGACAUUCAACAACCGGUAUUCCUUGCUGGUUGCAAGGUUCUUGGACUUUUGAACAAGUUAGUCACAACUCCAUUGUGGAGAGUCACCGAAAGUGACGGCCAUAUUAUUGACUUAUGUGACCAGUACACAAAACUUCAUAACUUCUUCAGUGAAUGCUUGGAAAAAGACACAACACUGUUUAAAUUUAUGAAAGGAGAAGUCUCUCCAUUUGAGGACAACCUUGUCAACAAAGAUGAAGUGUAUGACAGUCUAAUCACAGAGACACAAAAUGAUGAAAUAGCUAUGAGCAUGGCCAGAUUUACAUUUACUGCUUUAAAGCAACUUCUAGGGAGAGUUGUCAAGGAUUUUUUGCCUGGUGGUCAGUAUUAUGAUUUAAAAGUGAAUAAAGAGUUUCUGCAACAGACAUUGUCUGUUCCCAAGCACAAUAAACUCCCUGAGAGGGUAUUUGGUUAUUUAGACUUCUUGCUAAAAAAACGACCAAAUGUUAGAUCUAUCACAAACGAGGCCCAGGUUAUGUUUACGUUUAACAAAACUGCAAAAUAUAUGGACUCACUAACACCCGAGCAGCUGCACAGAGAAAUACAGGAAGUGAUGGUAAAAAGAGAAGGCAGGAUCGAGGAGAGAAGGGAGAAACGGGACCUGUAGACAAAUCACGGGGUGUUUUUUUACAUAAAUUUUAUA